AUGUUGAAAGGGGGGCCUAGAGGUCUAUCAGAUCAUUGCUUGUUGAUUUUGGAAGAUACAAGACUUAGUGCAGGUCCAAGACCAUUUCGAAGCCUGGAUUCCUGGUUUACACAUGAAGGAUUUCUGAGGAUGGAAAAGGAAGAGUGUAGGUUUUUGUGUGAAGGUGAGUUCACUAAUAAACUGAAGGCCUUAACGGUACCACUAAGGAGAUGGCAUAAGGAUAAGUUUGGGGACCUGGACAACAGGAUAAAGAGGUUUAAGGAAGAGAUUAGGAAGAUUGAUGACAUGGUUAGUACUGGUAGUUAUGACAGAACAGUGGAGGCUAGACGGAAGGCUCUUGUGACUUGUUGUGCAAAAUGGUAUGCCAGAAAAGAGGUUCAUUGGAAGCAGAUGUCCAGAUCUCAACAUGCUAAAGAUAUGGACAAGAACACUAGAUACUUCCAUAACCUGGCGUCAGCUAGAAAGCAGAACAAUAGAAUCGACUCUCUUGUAAUUAAUGGCAGAUUGGUGAGAAACCAGUCCAGAAUAAAGGUUGCAAUUACAGGAUUUUAUAAAGAUCUAUAUCGGCAGGGAUCUGCUCCUAUGAUUGGGAUUCAUGAUGGGUUGGUAAAAUGA